AUGUAUGCUUGUGGUAAGUUUGUCUCCAGCCCUGCUGUGGUUCACAGCACUUUGAGGACAUUCCUUGGGCGGAUAUCAAACUCAGUCUUAAGCAGACCAGAGAUCAGAAAUGAACAAGCACAGCUCUUCCCUACAUCAGGAAAUACACCAGUACUCAACAGUAGGACCUCAAGAUCAGUAUCACCUCCAGGAAUAUCAAUACUGUUGCUGCUCAUUGGUAUCAGUGCUGCUACUGGCGGCAUGGCUGACCCUGGUGCUGGUAUUGGGAUGGUAUUUGAUAUUAUUGGCAAUGUCAGGAACCCUUCCGUGAAAUGGCAACUUUUCUUUUAUGCAGUCUUGGGAUUUGCCCUGUCUAAAGUUAUGGGUCCCUUCUGUCUGAUGAUUGCCUUCCUGCCUCUCUUUGCCAUGUAA